AUGCGUUCCUUCGCUGUCCUCGCUUUCGUCGCCGCUGCGUCCGCCGUGUCCAUGCGCUCGCCCCUCACUGGUCGUCAGAGCCUCCCUGACUGCUCCGUCUCGUGCUUCACGGACGCCGACCUCGGCAGCUGCGACAUUACUGACAACGCCUGUCUCUGCAAAAGCUCGUCCUACGUCUCCUCUGUCACCUCCUGCAUCGAGUCCGCAUGCUCUGGAGAUGACAUCCAGACCGCCGAGGCCAGCGCCAGCGCAAUUUGCCUCGCCGUCGGCGUCACCCUGACCUCCCCUGCGACCUCGUCGGGGACCUCACCCACCACGUCGGGGACUUCACCCGUCACGUCGGGUACUUCACCCGUCACGUCGGGGACAUCACCCGCCACCUCGGGUACCUCGCACUCCGCGAGCGGCUCGACUACUCCGUCCUCGACUUCGCCCUCGAGCUCGGGGACCGCGAAGCCUAACGCCGCCAGCGCGCAUGGUGUCAACGUCCUCGCUGCCCUCGCCGCUGUCGGGGUCGCCGCCUGCGCGUUCUAG